GCCCCGCUCUCCGCAGCCGAAGAAGGCACAUCGCGACCCCGUCCGCGCAGAGAGAGCCAGUCGACUCCGAAACGACGAGGAUGGAGGCUCUCAAGAAGAUUCUCAAAGGCGCCCGACCAUUCCGAGGAUGCGACACAUGAAGAGGAGGGCGACGGAGCUGUGCUGGAGGAGGAGCAGGGGCAAGAGCAGGCGGAGCAAGUGGGGGAGAUGGGAGAGCGCAUUGAGCAGGUUGAUAAGCGCAUCACUCUCCCGGACAAACGAGAGGAGGUGGAGCAAGCAGACAGACCUAGGGAUCAGCCCCGUCUGCCCCUUACCGCCGAGGCGCAAGGGCGUGCGGACGCAGGCGUCAUCGCAACAGUACGGGACUCCGAGCUGAGCGCGGACACUGAGCAGGAUGAAGUCGUCAUUCAGCCGCCUGCCCCAGACAACGAGCCGCUACAAGAUUACUCGUUGCCCGACCUGCCUCCAGUCUCACCUCGCGCCCCGUCACCCGAUUCUGAGCCCGAGCUUCCGCCUCUGCCCCCUCUGCCGCAGACCCAGCCGCAACAGGCGCAACCGCAACAGCCUCAGCGCUUCCCUCCGCCAGGCGCCCUUGUCGUCGUCCAGGGCGUUGUCCACACGACGGACGUUUCCCGCCCCUCAAACUCGAAUGCGAACACAUCAUCUUCUGACGCCAAUGUCCGCACCCCUUCCAAUGCCACUGCCUCCCGCCGCCCUCCAUCUUUCCCUUCGCAACCACGCAGACGGGCUUCUUCGACUCCACGCCCCUCGACCCUGUCGCCGUCUACUGCCGGGGACAGGCGCGUGCGGAAUCGACUGUCAUCUGUCAUCUCCCGCCCUCCGAGGGUCGCAACACCACGUCCGAUGAGCAUGUUGCCGUCUAUCCCGUCAUCGGCGUCUGCGUCUACGAGCAACGAACCGUCUUCAUCAACAAGCGAUAGCCCUUGGUCGUCUUCCGAUGCAGGUAGCAGUGAUCCGCCGAGCAGAGGAGAUACGGAUCGACCGUCGAUCGAUGAGCCUGCAGGCUCGAAUGGCUCGCAAGGCGGGGCUCUUACGCCGAGUAGUAUUGACGUUCUUGGGACGCUGCUCAGCGUUGCAGCGGCAGCAACUGCCGCGUCAUUACUCACGGGCUCAUCUGAACCCAUUUUCUCGACGGGGCUCUCCAAUUCGGCUCCUAACCCGAAUGGCAACCAGCCCGCAUCUCCUGUAUCCCCCGCAUCACCGUUCUCGCCCGUGUCACCGUCGUCGCCGUUCUCAUCUGCAACACCGCAGAACGAUGGCUCACCCGCACGCGAUCGGAUGCGUCAGGUCUGGUCGAGUUUGCGUGAUCGUCUUGGUUUACGCAAUGGCCCUGCGCGCCCCGACGGCGGAGUAGGUGGUUCGAGUGGCAAUACCGGAGCUAGAGCCACCGGCGAUGCGGGUGAUCACACGCGCCCGGACGGCUCGCCUAUGGACGCUCGCGAGAUCAUGCUCGCGGAGAUGGCUCGGGCAUUCAACCUUGGGCUGGGCAUCAACAACGCUAACGCGAAUGCCAACGGGGCCGUUAACGCUGGUGCUGCAGCGACGUCUGUACGCCGUCGGUCGGGCGAUGGCCGCAUCGACGUGUCGCAGCUUGGUGGUGGGUCCGCGCAGAGCGGCACCGAGCGCGAACGCGACGGGGAGGAAGGCGACGAUGAGGCAGGCGAGGCCAGGGACAGCGAGGACGAUCUCCCGCCUCCAGAUAGCUUCGAGCGGUUCUUGAUCGACCUCCAGGCCGACUUGCGCAUUGCGCUCUCGCAUGACCCUAAUGCCGGGGCUGAGUCAUCUGGCUCGGGCUCCGAUCCCGAUCCCGACGCCGGACUAGACGGGGAUGCUGACCGAGGAGCUGACAGAGACGGGGAUGUCGGUCGCAACGAGCGACCUGUCCCGAACGUGACCGUCACGGCGCCAGAGACGGGCGAACCCGAGAGCGAGCUGGAGGUUUAUGACACUGCCGCGGAAGAUCUUGACGUGCCUUCUUCCCCCACAUUUUCUACUUCGGUACCUCUCCAGGGCAACAGACAGGAGCAUCCGGGCAUGUCAGGUGCCGACGACGAAUUUGCAGACAUGCCACCCCUGUCGAGCUUCACCGACUCCUCCGACGAAGACUCCCUUGACGAGCGGUCGCACGUUCCCCAGUCGCAGGGUCGCCACGAGGCGACCCCACGCGUGCCUCAAGGCCAACGCACGUCGAGCAAUCAUACUCCCAUAGCCACGGCCUCCAUGUCGCGGGAUGAAACGCGCCACGAGGCAGCGGCAACGGGCCGCGCAAGUGGAAGGACAAACGUUAACGCUAAUGCAAAUAGAAGCGGCAACGCCCCUACCGGUGCCGCGGGUGCUGCGACAGGCACGCCGAGCUCGAUGUCGCGCACGGAGCACCGACCGGGUGGAGGCAUUAACUGGUGGCGGAUGUACCGGUUCCCUGCGAUCACCUCGCAACAGGUUCAGGCGCACCAUGGGCAGUUUGCGAACCAGAAUCAAGGUGAGGCUCAGAAUAAUCUGCCAGGAGGUGGUCACGCCUUAUCUACAUCACUAGGGGGAGCCCAAACUCAGGCAGGAGAAGGCCAAGGCCACGCGAUGGGCAGCGUGUCGACCCAAAACCCCAGUACUGUGGGUGGGAGUGGUGCGAACCCCCCUUCUGCUGCUGCUACUCAGUCCUCUACUCCCUCUGUCCCUCUUGCGAGUGCGUUUUCCUCAGGCAUGAGCACCACCGCUGCACACAGCCGUCCCCAGUCUCUUACCCACCCCCGCCCGAUUCCCAACCUCGACAUCGGAGCCAGUAGCGUCUCCACGAAUCCCGGUGCUAUGUCUCCUCUACAGUCUUCUUUGUCCCCCUCAACUUCCGCUACCCCGCAUUUCCCUACGCCUUCGACGCCGACUUCUGAGUUUGUCCCGUCGACGUCAGCUGCGUCUGCAGAAGGCCCUCCUUCAUCCGGCAAUCCGUCGAAUACUCCCCUCAGCGGUGCAGCAGGUGCGGGCUCAGAGCAGCAGCAGAGAGCACCGGCACCUUCCAACGUCGUUGUUCCGGUUAUUGUGGUUGGACUUCAGUCUGUCUCAAUGGAUCGCCACCAUCACCACCACCAUCAUGCGCACCCACACACGCACCCCUCAACGCAUCCGCAUCACCAGCAGGCGCACGGCGUGGAGCCGUACGUGGGCAAUAUGGAGCACGACCCGAUGAACGUGGACCCGUUCGGCGGUGCACCUGACCACGCGCAUACGCACCGUCAUGGUGCAGCCGAGGCAGGGGCGGACGAGGACACGAACAUGAACAUGGACGUGGAUCCGGAUUUGUUUGGCGAUGUCGACGAUCAUGGGUUUGAGCAUGAGCACGGUGGGCACGACCGGGCGAGCCGCGGUCGUUCGUGGGGUAGCCGCGCUGCUAAUGCGUUCCGCAAUCUGCGCUCGGGUGCGCCUGGUGCGCCUGGUGCGGGUGUGGGUGCAGGCGCUGGCACGGGCACGGGCAAUGGUAAUGCGCGCCGGGCGGCGAGUCAGCCGAGGCCGGAUGCGCCUGGGUCGAGGACGUUUUUGAUUUAUGUGAUUGGAGGGUAUUAUCCGCCAGACCACCAGAUUAUUACAGGCGGGAAUCUUGAUUCGUUUGAAGCGCUUUGGGAGCUGGCAGAGCUGCUUGGUCAGGUGAAGCCGCAGACGGCGUCUAAGGAGGACAUCGAGAAGUCUGGUCUCGAGAUUAUCAAGGCCUCGAUGCUGAAGCAGUACGACGAGGAGCAGAAGAUCACGUCGAACUGCGUCGAACGGUGUCUGAUCUGUCUGGACGACUAUGAGCCAGAGGACGACGUACGCGUGCUCGCCUGCCGACAUGCGUUCCAUCAGGGCUGCGUUGACCGCUGGCUCGAGACUGGCAAGAAUAACUGCCCGGCAUGUCGUACCAAGGGUGUCGGCGGCGAUGGUAGCGUCCCACAGUCACCCACGUCUCCGACGACUGCUUCCGCCUGAACGUCAUUCCACCCAACGUAGCAAAGACUGCGUUGGACCUCGCUUUGACUUUGCUUUUCCUAGCUUACCUCCGCUUUGCAUAGAGUAGAGCUUCAUUUCCGUUUUUUUUUCACAAAAGUCCCCGUUACACUGGGAACUUCUCACUGCAAAUAAUUCUUUUGACAAAGGCAAACUUGAAUCCGGUCCCGCAUCUGUUUUCUGUUUCUAGUUUGUUCUAUGUAGCAUGCAUGGUUUUCAAGUUUCAAAUCGUCCCCGUUCCCUAGUUCCCGUCCCCACCCCCAAUCGUCCGCGUCAUCCAUCGACAUCCUCCAAUCCCCAUCCUCGUCCCUCCCACACGAUUACUGCUGGUCUCUUCUCGGUGGUUCUUGUUACACGCUCUUCCUCUCGUCGUCAUGUUUGUCCAUUGCAGACCCUGCCCCCAUGCACGCACACAUCCAUCCAUCCAUAAACAUCUUUUUUUCUUGCACACG